ACAUUUGCGAUACAUUCAAAUUAUGUACAUAUAACAACAUGACUGAAAAAUCUUCAUUGCUAACAUAAUUUAUUAAACGAAUAAAAAAAAAUGAUUCGACACUGUGCGACAAGAUGUAGACAACAGUAUAGUUUUUUUGAAAAUAUUAGAAACUUAUGCACAUCGAAUCAACGAUGGAGUUCGCUAGCAAAUGUGAACAUAUUCGACCGUAUCGUCAAACAAGUACAAAAGGAUCGAGCAUUUCAACGAGAAGAUGCCGCGUUAUAUGAUUAUAUCAAGGCUGAAGUGGGUGAACGAAUGGUGGAUCGCAUGUUUGACUUAACCAAAGAAUGUAAAGUAACUGCUGAAAUUGGAUGCGGUCGAGGAUUCAUAACACGACAUGAACUACCCGAUGGCAUUGAGCAAUAUUAUUUAUGCGAUUCGAGUGAAGUGGCCUUGAAACAAGCUGAAGCCACCGCAAAACCAAAUGGAUAUAAAAUGAAAACACUUCAAAUGGACGAAGAAGCGCCAAAAUUUGAUGAAAACUCUUUAGAUAUGGUGGUAUCAAAUUUGAGUUUACACUGGGUUAACGAUUUACCGGGCUGUUUUAAAUCGAUUAUUCAAAGUUUAAAACCGGACGGAGUAUUUUUGGCAUCGAUCUUUGGCGGUGAUACAUUAUUCGAACUGAGAUCAUCAUUGCAAUUGGCCGAACUGGAACGGAAGGGUGGAAUUUCAGCGCAUAUUUCACCGUUUGUACAAGUUCAAGAUAUUGGGGCUUUGAUGCAUCAGGCUGGUUUUAAAAUGUUGACAAUUGACACAGAUGAAUUGGUCAUCGGAUAUCCGUCGAUGUAUGAACUGAUGUACGAUUUAAAAGGAAUGGCUGAGAACAAUGCAACAUAUACUCGUCCGUUACAUUUAUGUCGUGAUGUAAUGGCUGCAGCGGCUGCAAUUUAUGAUGAAUUAUACAAAGCGGAAAAUGGAGUUAGUGCAACGUUUCAGCUAAUUUAUUUAGUGGGCUGGAAACCCGGCCCGAAUCAACCGACACCACUAGAAAGAGGCAGUCAAAACGCCUCAUUCGCCGAUCUAGGAAAAUUAACACAAAACAUUGAUUUUGAACCGAAAAAAUAGUCGCUUUAACAAAUGUGUGGGAAUGUUUAGAUUCAUUAAAGCCAAUAAAAUCUAUAUCUAUAAAUCAGAAA